GCUCGACCUGGCAACCUGCUUUAUCAUAAAUCCCAUUCGAACAAGCGUCGGUCUGUAUUUAUAGGCCAUUUCGAAGCAGGGACAAUCGAGCAAAGAAAUUUUUAAUAGUUGCAUAGAUCUCCAUGCACCAUGAGGAGUGCUGAGGUGAAGAAACUGAAAGUGAACGAGCUGAAAGAGGAGCUGCGUCGGCGAUCCCUGGACACCAAGGGGCUGAAGGCGGACCUGGUGGAGCGGCUCAAUGCGGCUCUGGAGGCGGAAGCUGCGGAGCCCGGUGGAGCUGCAAGGGGGACACCGGAGCACGAGCCGGAGGAGGAGGAGCAGCGGGGAGAUGGAGAGGAGGGAUUUGGGGAUGAAGGAUUCCCGAACAAAGAUCCUCUAGACAUUGGUGCAGGAGGAGCCCCUGAGGAGGAGAGCAGGGGGAUGGAGAGAGAAGAGUCGUCUGAUUCUGAUCUGGGCUUCAGCAUGCCUGACUUCACUGCAGACGUCCCUCUCCCUGUCCCUGUUUUCAAGACAGAGGAGACACAGUCUGAGGAGACCCCUGAGUGCCACGAGACCGAAUUAUCCCUGGCAGAGCAGCAGCAGAGGCAGUCUGAGAGGAAGCAAGAGUAUGAAGGGAAGGUGGAGGUGAAGAAAGAGGAUGAGGAGAAAAAGGAGGAAGAGCAGCAACGUGAUCAGGAGCAGCCAGACCUGCAGCCGCAGCCAGGGGUGGGGCCAACCGACAAAUGGGAGGAGAUGAAGGAGCAGAAGGCGGAGCAAACCAAGAUGGAGGAGGGAGACAGACAGGAGGGAGACAGGCAGGAGGGAGACAGACAGGAGGGAGACAGACAGGAGGGAGACAGGCAGGAGGGAGAAAGACAGGGACGCAAGAGACCACAUGAGGAGGACCAGGGCUAUGGCCACUACGAGCACCGUGACGACAAGAGGUCCCGGUCGCCCCAGCCCCCUGCUGAAGACGAAGAGGAGGAGGACUUUGAUGACACUUUGGUGGCUCUGGACACAUAUAACUGUGACCUCCACUUCAAGGUGUCCCGUGAUCGUUACAGCGGUUACCCUCUGACCAUCGAGGGCUUUGCCUACCUCUGGGCCGGAGCUAGAGCAUCCUACGGAGUCAGCAAGGCCAAAGUCUGCUACGAGAUGAAGAUCCUAGAGGAGAUAGCUGUGAAGCACCUCCCGUCCUCUGAGCCUGAUCCCCAUGUGGUCCGGAUAGGAUGGUCCCUGGACUCCUGCAGCACACAGCUGGGUGAGGAAGCGUUUUCGUUUGGAUACGGAGGAACAGGGAAAAAAUCCUCUGACUGUAAGUUUGAAGACUACGGAGAGAAGUUUGGAGAGAAUGAUGUCAUCGGCUGUUUCAUUGACUUUGACGCUGGCGGUGAGGAGGUGAAGAUAGCGUUCUCUAAGAACGGGGUGUGGCUAGACGUGGGGUUCCAGGUGUCGAGGGAGGAGCUGGCGGGGCGCCCCCUGUUCCCCCACGUCCUUGUGAAGAACUGUGCCAUCGAGUUUAACUUUGGCCAGAAGGAGGAACCCUUCCACCCCCCUCCGGAGGGGUACAGGUUCAUCCAGACUCUUGGUAUUGGAGACAGGACCAGGGGGGCUGUAGGACCAGCCAGCAAGGCUGACUGUGAGAUCCUCAUGAUGGUGGGUCUGCCGGCCUGUGGCAAGACCACCUGGGCCUCAAAACAUACUGAGAGUCACCCUGAGAAGAAAUACAACACCCUGGGAACCAACGCCAUCAUGGAGAAGAUGAAGGUGAUGGGUCUGCGUCGCCAGAAGAACUACGCUGGUCGUUGGGACGUUCUGAUCCAACAGGCCACUCAGUGUCUCAACCGCCUCAUCCAGAUCGCCGCACGCAAGAGACGCAACUACAUCCUGGACCAGACAAAUGUAUAUGGAUCAGCCCAGAGACGAAAAAUGAGUCCUUUUGAGGGGUUUCAGCGCAAGGCUAUUGUAAUAUGUCCCACGGAGGAGGACUUUAAAGAGCGAACGUUAAGACAAACUGAUGAACAGGGGAAGGAUGUGCCAGAUCAGGCUGUGUUAGAAAUGAAAGCCAACUUCCUGCUCCCUGAGCCCAGUGACUUCCUGGAAGAUGUGAUAUUUGUGGAGCUGCAGCGGGAAGAGGCUUUCAAUCUGGUGAAGGAAUACAACGAGGAGGGACGCAAGGCCGGCCCACCCCCCGACAAACGCCAUGACAACCGUCCGGGAGGGUUCCGUGGCAACGGCGGAAGCUACCAGCGCUAUGAGGACCGUGGCGGUCCUCGCGGCGGCGUAGGAUACCAGAGUAGAGACGCGGGCGGAUACAGAAGGGGUAAGAAAGGAACAGACUCCUCCCCAGGCAACAACCGCGGCGGCUACACCGGCAACCGCUGGGGUGGGAACGGUAACUACCGUGAGGGGGGGUCGUCGGCUCCGAGGGGAGGGUACAACCGUAACCAACAGUCAGGAGGCUACAACCGCCCGGCUCCCUACAGCAAAGGGGGAUACAACCAGAGUUACAACCCCAGCAGCUAUAAUCAAGGCAACUACCAACAGGGUUACAACUACGGCAGCUACAGUCAGUACCCAGGAUACAGCCAAACUCAGAGUUACAGCGAGUCUACGCCAGCUGCCGCAGGACAGACCUACAGCCAACAGCAGAACUACAACCAGCAGUACCAGCAGUAUGCCCAGCAGUGGCAGCAGUACUACCAGAACCAGUCUCAGUGGAACCAGUACUACGGCCAGUAUGGGAACUAUGCCGGCCAGGGGCAGGGUCAACAAAGUCAGGGUUCACAGGGGCAGGGAGGUCAGGGGGCAUCAGGUUCCUCCCAGUAACCUCUGACCUCUAACCUUUACAGCAGGGGUCAACGAAAGGCGGUUUUAUGCCCCACAAUAAAAUUAAUUGUUCCCACUAAAAAA